UAUACAAUUUGGAGAAGUGAAAAGACAAAAAAGGGUCCAAAAUUUGACUAGGAAAAAGUGGAGAGGUUUUGGAAAUGGCAACAGACGAUCCCAGCUAUCUCUUCAACAGAUUCAGAUUUCCAAGUUGCAGACAACCCAACUCACCCUCAUCGUCACUUCCACUCCACUGUUAGAUCUGAGAGCGAGCGGGAGAGAUGUCAGGAGGCUCUCGGAGAUCAGGGGCUUGCUUAAGGUGUUGUUUGGUUUUCUUCGCAGUCGUCUCGGCUCUCUGCGUCUCUGGGCCUGCUCUGUAUUGGAGGUUCAAGAAGGGCAUAAGGUUGGGAGACAGUGCUGCUUCUUCUUGCCCUCCUUGCAUCUGCGAUUGCCCUCCUCCUCUCUCCAUUCUUAAGAUUGCUCCUGGAUUGGUCAAUCUUUCUGUCACAGACUGCGGAGGAAAUGACCCGGAUUUGAAGAAGGAGAUGGAGAAGCAGUUCGUAGACCUGCUGACCGAGGAACUCAAGCUGCAAGAGACAGUGGCCCAGGAGCAUGCCCACCAUAUGAACAUCACAUUUUUGGAAGCAAGAAGAGUAGCUUGGCAGUACCAGAGAGAAGCAGAGAAAUGCAAUGCUGCCACUGAAAUAUGUGAGGGCGCCAGAGAGCAGGCAGAGGCAUUGCUGAUAAAGGAGAGGAAGGUGACUUCCCUGUGGGAGCGACGAGCCCGCCAACUAGGUUGGGAUGGUGAAUGAUUGUUCCCAUUGUUCCUUUAUUCUCAAUUUGUGAAUUUUUCCCCCCUGCACUGCUCUUAUGAGCUGCCUUAAGUCGGCAUGCCCCUAUCAAUUUCUUUCAUUACAAAAAAAGUGGCAGCAUUUUGAAUCCUUCAGCUGUAUAAUUUAUUUAUUCUAUACAUAAUUAAUUUACACUUUUAACUCGUAA